CAAAUCCGAACACCCUUGGAUUCGAGCCUUCACGACCGCCUUCUCAACGACACACUGUACUGCUUCUAUCAGAGGCGAGUAGGGUUUCACGUAAUUUCAGAAAGAACUCCAUUCAAACCCAUAUUCAGAAUCGUCCAGUUUGAAGUUCUUCCAUACGCUAACAUUGAUUUUUGAACAUUUCUACGUGGUACUGACAGCAGACCCUCACUUCGUCGAUCCAGGAAUUCCGAACAAUGACGAAAGUCUACGGAACUGGAGUGUUCGACUUCAGGCGCCACCGCGUUGCUGAGUACCCCGUUACCGUCGGUGGUUCCGACCAAGCAGUUCCGGAAAGGCCGCCGGAAUCAAAACCAGGUACCAAUCUGCCCAGCUCGAUAACCCUUGUUGAAAUCCAGCGGGACCGGCUCACUAAGAUUGCCGAUGCGAACUGGUCUAAAACGGCAUCAAACAACGACAAACCUCCGUUUAGUGCGGAGCUUGUAAAGGAGAUUUAUGAGACGGAGUUGCUGGUUAAGGAGGACAAAAGUGGUAGGAUGAGGAGAACGGUGCCGUUGCAGAGGGUUAUGAUUCUUGAAGUAAGUCAGUACUUGGAGAAUUACCUAUGGCCAAAUUUCGAUCCCGAGACUUCAUCAUUUGAGCAUGUCAUGUCAAUGAUUCUCAUGAUUAACGAGAAGUUUCGAGAAAAUGUUGCUGCGUGGAUAUGCUUUUAUGAUAGGAAAGAUAUAUUUAAGGCAUUUCUUGAGAGGGUUCUCUGCUUAAAGGAGGGAAAAAGCUUGAGUAUUGCAGAGAAGACAAAUUACCUACUUUUCAUGAUUAAUGCCUUUCAGAGUCUGGAGGAUGAUAUAGUAAGCAAGAAAGUCAUGAGAUUGGCAAGCCUUCAUUGCUGGCAUAGUCUAUCCUUUGGUCGUUUUCAGAUGGAGCUUUGUCUUGAUAAUGAUCUGAUAGACAAAUGGAAAAGAAUUGCAAAAAAAGCCAAGAAGGCAAAGAAACGAGGGGAAUCUUUUGAUAUGUCAGUAAUGCUAGAAGUGAAGUUCUUAAGGAAUUUCAUUGAAGAGUUUCUAGAGGUGCUUGAUUCAAAGGUAUUUUAUCACGACGAUGACAAUGAAGGGUCCAAAGUUCAUGGGUCUGAACAAAUCAAUGAAGCUUCAAUCUUGUAUUGUGAGAGGUUUAUGGAGUUCUUGAUUGAUCUUUUAAGCCAACUUCCAACCAGGAGAUACUUUAAGGCUCUUGUUGCUGAUGUGGCGGUGGUUGCGAAAUGUCAUUUGAGUGUUCUUUAUAGACAUGAAAAAGGCAAGCUUUUCGCACAGCUAGUUGACUUGCUGCAGUAUUAUGAAGGUUUUGAAAUCGAUGACAACACAGGGAAACAAAUGACAGAUGAUGAUGUUCUUAAAGCCCAUUAUGAACGCUUUCAAGCUUUUCAGCUUCUUUCAUUUAAAAAAGUACCCAAAUUGAAAGAACUUGCACUUGCUAACAUUGGAGCAAUUGAUAGGCGUGCUGAUCUUUCAAAGAAAUUAUCUGUUCUUUCUCCUGAUGAAUUGCGUGACUUAGUCUGCAGUAAGCUAAAGUUGGUUUCAAAGAACGAUCCAUGGACUGAAAGAGUUGACUUUCUUAUCGAAGUCAUGGUCUCUUUUUUUGAGAAACAACAGUCUCAAAAAGAAUCAAUUAAUGCUUUACCACUUUAUCCAAAUGAACAGAUAAUGUGGGAUGAAAGUCUUGUCCCUAGUAUCAACUACUCUGGUGAAGGCUGCCUUGCACUUCCUAAACUAAAUUUACAAUUUUUAACCCUUCAUGAUUACCUUUUAAGAAAUUUUAAUCUUUUUCGCCUCGAAUCCACUUAUGAAAUCCGUGAGGACAUUCAAGAAGCUGUUCCACAUCUUCUUGCAUACACCAACAAUGAAGGGGACCCUGCUUUUCGUGGGUGGUCAAGAAUGGCUGUUCCCAUUAAAGAAUUCAAAAUCACUGAAGUGAAACAACCAAAUAUUGGUGAAGUAAAGCCCUCAUCUGUAACUGCUGAGGUUACUUUUGCCAUUUCAAGUUACAAAGCACAGAUAAGGUCUGAAUGGAAUGCGUUAAAGGAACAUGAUGUGCUAUUCUUGCUUUGUAUUCGUCCUUCUUUUGAACCUUUAAGUGCUGAAGAAGCGGAAAACGCAUCGGUCCCACAAAAACUAGGGUUACAAUUUGUAAGAGGAUGUGAGAUUAUUGAAAUGCGUGAUGAGGAAGGGAAUUUAAUGAAUGAUUUUACAGGUAGAAUUAAGAGAGAUGAAUGGAAACCACCAAAAGGGGAUUUGAGAACUGUGACUGUUGCUCUUGAUACUGCUCAAUAUCAUAUGGAUGUUACUGAUAUUGCUGAGAAAGGUGCUGAAGAUGUUUAUGGUAGUUUUAAUAUUUUGAUGAGGAGGAAACCAAAAGAGAACAAUUUCAAAGCAAUAUUGGAGAGUAUUAGAGAUCUCAUGAAUGAAACAUGUAUUGUUCCUAAAUGGUUGCAUGAUAUAUUUUUGGGAUAUGGGGAUCCUUCUGCAGCUCAAUGGACUAAUAUGCCUGAUCUUCUUGAAACCAUUGAUUUCAAAGACACGUUUCUUGAUGCUGAUCAUGUUAGAGAAUGUUUUUCAGAGUAUCAGUUGAUGUUUACAAAUGCAGAUGGCACUGAGAACUUGAAUCCUGGCCCUCCAUUUCGGAUCAACAUUCCUAGAAAUCUUAAAGGAAAUACUCAUGCUCUUUCUGGAAAUGAGAAGUCCAAUUCAGAUUCAGUUGAUGUGAAGGAUUUUGAAGAAGAAAAAGAAAAAGAAAAACUUAUUGUUGAAGCUUACUUACCUGCUGACCCUGGUCCUUAUCCUCAAGAUCAGCCAAAACAAAACUCUGUUAGAUUUACCCCUACACAGGUUGGAGCAAUAAUCUCAGGGAUACAACCAGGAUUAACAAUGGUGGUGGGUCCACCUGGUACUGGAAAGACUGAUACUGCAGUUCAGAUACUGAAUGUACUUUACCACAAUUGCCCUUCUCAGAGGACAUUAAUCAUCACCCAUUCAAAUCAAGCUCUGAAUGACCUAUUUGAAAAAAUAAUGGAGAGGGAUGUGCCAGCUCGUUAUCUUCUUCGAUUAGGUCAAGGGGAGCAAGAACUUGCAACAGAUCUUGAUUUCAGUCGUCAAGGGCGUGUGAAUGCAAUGCUUGUGAGACGUUUAGAGCUUCUUAGUGAAGUUGAAAGGCUUGCAAGAUCUUUACAACUACCUGAAGAUGUUGGUUACACCUGUGAGACAGCUGGCUACUUCUGGUUGCUCCACGUGUACUCACGUUGGGAACAGUUUCUAGCUUCUUGCAAUGAAAAUCAAGAUAAGCCCUCGUUUGUCAAAGACAAAUUUCCCUUCACUGAAUUCUUUUCCAACACCCCAAAUCCUGUUUUCAAUGGAACAUCAUUUGAAGAAGACAUGCGUGCUGCGAAAGGGUGUUUUCGUCAUUUGAAAACCGUCUUCCAGGAGCUAGAUGAAUGCAGGGCGUUUGAGUUGCUGAAGUCACAAGUUGACAGAGCGAAUCACCUCAUGACAAAACAAGCAAAGAUUGUGGCAAUGACUUGUACACAUGCAGCUUUAAAAAGAAAGGAUUUUUUACACCUGGGAUUCAAGUAUGACAACUUGUUAAUGGAAGAAAGCGCACAGAUUCUAGAAAUAGAAACUUUUAUCCCGAUGCUGCUUCAAAGACAAGAAGAUGGGCACGCGAGACUCAAACGCUGCAUUCUGAUUGGUGAUCAUCAUCAACUGCCACCUGUCGUUAAAAACAUGGCUUUCCAAAAAUACAGCCACAUGGAUCAAAGCUUAUUUACACGUUUUGUGAGGUUAGGAAUCCCUUACAUUGAGCUGAAUGCACAAGGUAGAGCAAGACCGAGUUUAGCCAAGCUUUAUAACUGGAGAUAUAGGGAUUUAGGUGAUCUUCCUUAUGUUAAGGAAAAUCCCUUUUUCCAUAAAGCAAAUGCUGGAUUUGGUUUUGAUUAUCAGUUGGUGGAUGUGCCUGAUUACCAUGGGAAAGGUGAGAGUGCUCCUUCUCCUUGGUUCUAUCAAAAUGAAGGGGAGGCUGAGUAUCUUGUUAGUGUUUAUAUUUAUAUGCGGUUGUUGGGGUACCCUGCAAAUAAAAUAUCAAUCUUGACAACUUAUAAUGGUCAGAAGCUUCUCAUACGCGAUGUUCUUAAUAGAAGAUGUGCUCCUUAUGAUUUCAUUGGCCUUCCACACAAGGUUGCAACGGUUGACAAGUUUCAAGGUCAACAGAAUGAUUUUAUACUUCUGUCUCUUGUGAGGACACGAUUUGUGGGGCAUCUUCGUGAUGUUAGAAGACUGAUUGUUGCAAUGUCACGUGCUCGAUUGGGACUUUAUGUGUUUUGUAGGAGGUCACUGUUUGAGCAGUGUUAUGAACUGCAGCCCACUUUUCAGCUUUUACUCCAGAGGCCUGAUUUGCUUGCACUCAAUCUGCAUGAGGUUGCACCUGCUACUGAUCGUUCUGUUGAAGACACGGGGCCCACACAUUUUGUGAGUGGGAUCGAUGAAAUGGCUGGAAUCGUUAACUUUAGAAUGCAUCAAGUGUAUCAGGCGAGAAUGAUUGGCAACCAGUUUUCAGAUUAUUCUGGAGAAAUGGGUGGUGCAAAAACAAAUGAGCAUGAUGAUGAUGAUGAUGAUAUGGAGACUGAUAUGCAGAAUGUGGGAAAUGGGGAACAUGAAGAAGCAAAGGAGGCUGAAACACAGAUGGAAGUUGAUGAAGCAACACAACUUGAAACCCCUCCUGCAGAUGGUGAAAGCAUGCCCACUGAGAGUGGCUUGAAUGCUGAUGAUAGUGUUAGUGUGGAAGCCACUGGGGUAGACAAAAAUGAAACUCCUCUUUAGUGUUUAAAGAACAAGUUUUUUUGAUCUCGUCUCCUGUAUUAAAACAUAGAUUGAUUUGCAUUAGGAUUAAGAGGGGCCCGCUCCGCUGUAUAACAAAGAAGAAAUGCAUCCAGAUUUGGUUUCUUCAUAUAAACACUUGCAUUUUUGUAGUUCUAUAAAACUAGAUUCCCAUUGAUUGAA